CAGCACUCUCCACGGGCAGCAAGAUUUGAUUUUACGGUGUUUGUAAGAGACAAUCAAUCGUACGAGUGAGCGGGCGUGCGAUCGAAAAAAAAAAUGGAUGCCUUCCUCACUCCUCAUUUACAGAUACAUGAAAAUCGGGCACGAAUUUGGCUUCUUCCCCAAAUUUGAAAACAACAAAAAGUACUUUCAAAAGAAGAGAUCAUCAAACAUAUAUUCUGCAGAUUUAGAAAGCAAGGAAAAGAAAUAUAUAUUUUGUUCAAAGAAUAAGGAAAUAUUACUGUUUGUUAAACAUAACCCCUGUUGAAACCCGCCGUUGCCUCUUAUUCUCUUUUACUUUCGUUGUAGUUUGUCUUUCCUUCUAUUGAAAUUCCACAUACUUCUCUUGUUUGAUGCUCCAUUUCUUCGGCUCCAUGCUCGAACUGGUUUUCUUAAGCGGGGUAGACUACGCCAUGUUGAGAAAAGUGAGAUGUUUAAGAGAGUAAGGAGAAACCCUAAGGAAACGAUAGGAUGGGUUCGGAAGAGAUGAAUCUGGUUUCGUCUCAGAGAAUGGAUACCGCUUUGAAUUCGCAGCGUGUAUACCAGGCCGAGCAUUUGCAGUACAGGUGUCCGCCCUCUGCUGUAAACCAGAGGCGGGGGGGAUCAGAUUCUUCCCGGAAAACUUCUAGGCCCAUGGGAGUCGGCGGCUUUGUGGAAGCUGGCGGGCGCUUUCUUCCCCAGCAGAGAGAUUUCAGGGGCACCAUUUACAAUCCCGAUGACCUGGACUCGGAUUCUCGGCGGGGCGGACCAGUGAAUAUGAACAUGAACACGAACAUGAGCAGUGGUGGUUUGCAGAUGAGGGGCAUGGUUGGCCGGAACAGCAGAACACCGAACCAGCAGGAUUGGAACGAGAGGGUUGCUGUCAUGGGUGGCGAGGGAAGUGCAGGGACUCCCUCUGAAGAAGAAGACGAUGACGACGAAGAUGAUGAGGAUGCUGAGGCUGAAAUGGACGGAGAGGUUGAUGGCAUGGUGUCCAGCGAGAAUGCUAAUGCUAAUACUAAUAGUAACAGCAAUAAUGCUAAUGGUAGUAAUACACAGGGGCCCCUAGAAGGAGGUUUUCAGAAAGGAGAAGGAAGUAUCCAGAAAAGCGGUAUGCCAAACCAGCAACAUACGUCUCUAGGUAUGUUUUUGUCCCCUUCUCCGUUUCAUAAUUCCUUCCAGGCUUCGGCCCCAGCUAUUCUGGAUGGCUCAUCGGCAGCACAGAAUGGGGGGACAUUUUAUAGGGAUGGCUUGGUUAAAGAGUCCAGAGAUAGUAAUAACAGCACCGCUUCCAACACGGCAUCUUCUUUACAUGAACACCAUCAACCAAGGGUUCCAUCCAUGCAUCAUAGUGAGGGGGCCCUACCUGUUGGAUCCGUUCAGGGUACAGACAACUAUUAUACUCAGUUGUUACAGUCCCCUGUGCCACUUGCUCAGAAGGACGCAGGAGUAGACGAGGGAGGUGCUUUUGCUGAAAAAAAAGGCACGGUUCCCAGCACGGAAUCACCAGAGACCUCACUGCGGACCAUCCUCUCGGAUCCUCUUACAGGCACACUAAUGGAUGAUGCCACGAUAUUGUCAUGUGGACACUCCUUUGGAAGCGGCGGUUUGCAACAUGUUCUUGAGGUGCGGGUGUGCUGCAGCUGUGGUCAGCAAGUUACAAGUGACUCAAUGGCUCCUAACCAUGCUCUUCGAGCAGCAGUUCAGGCUUACAGGCGAGAGGAAGAAUUUCAAUCAAUGUCAUCAAAAUCAGCCAAACGAAGGAGAGACAAGUUUGAGCAGGAUAAGAUUGCCUUCAGUGAUACAGUGUCAAUAGAUUGCUCCAGAGGUAAAGGGGUUCAAUUCCCUUUUGUUGUUAAUGAUCGGGUUAUCAUUAAGGGAAACAAACGAACUCCAGAACGCUUUGUUGGUCGUGAGGCUGUUAUUACAACACAGUGUCUGAAUGGAUGGUAUGUAGUGAAAACAUUGGAUAAUGCAGAGAGUGUAAAGCUCCAAUACCGAUCUCUCUUGAAGGUUGGAGAGCAUCAAUCUUCAAAUGAAAUUUCACAUAAAGCUUUGGGACCUACCUGGCUGUGAUUUUAGUGUUGUACAAAAGAAUGAUUGCUGUCUUGCACGCAUAGUCAGAUUACCCGCUUGCUGGUGUUAAUAGAGUACCGUAUCCUUGAUUUUUUGAUGCAGAUUCUCUGGAACUUCAAUGUUGACACUGUAACAUUAUUAUGUUGACUUUGCAACAAGGCAGCAGUGAGAAGUCAAUUAUUUGCACAUUGUUCCUCCUCUUUUAAGCUACAUGCUGAAGGCAUACUUGUGAAAAAUGCUUAGAUGACUAGUGGCAUGACUUUGUUGCAUCGUGAAACUAACUGUGCUGCUCUGAGCGAGUGCAUUGCUGUUGUAUAGCCCAUAGUUAUCCCUAAUAUUAAUCUUACCACUCUAGUUGGUGGUUGUGUUCUAAAAGAUUUGAUUAUUGUUGGGUCUACUGUCUAUCUGAAGUAGUCAUAUUUUUUAAUUUCCAUCUGUCAUUAUGUCCAAAAUUUCUUAUCAUGGGGGGUGAAUGGACAGAUCUGCAUUUCACAGUAACAAUUUUUCUGGUGUUCUAUACAAAGUUCACAUUAUACUAUUUGAUGAAUAUCAUGCCCUGUCCAAAAUGUAUUAUAUAAUUGCAAGACAUAUGCAUGAAGAGUAUUAUAUUCUUAAACAGGUGAGAACAUAUUUAUCGUUUACAUGCUUAAAUUGUGAAAAUGCUAGUUACUGUAGCUUUCAGAUGUUAUAUUCAAUUAAUCUUAUACUGGAACUCAGUCUCAUCAGAUGUUAUAUUCAAUUAAUCUUAUACUGGAACUCAGUCUCAUCAGAUGUUAUAUUCAAUUAAUCUUAUACUGGAACUCAGUCUCAUCAGAUGUUAUAUUCAAUUAAUCUUAUACUGGAACUCAGUCUCAUUUUGAGAGACUAGUUCUCGUUGAGGUAUGUAUUGAAAGUGAAACAAUGGAUGCCAUAAUUAUUCAGUUUAUAUAUGGCUACUUGAAGUCCCAUUGAUCAAUCACAUUGAUGUUUCAAUUAUGAUU